CGAGAGGGGGCCCUGGGAAACGUGUGCAUUUAUUCAUAGCAAGUGUGCAAGGCUCACCAAUCGAGAGGCAGAGGCAGCAGUAGUCAGGCUUAGGUACUCUACCGUCUCUGAAUAUAAUUUUAGAUUUAGAUUCUGCUUAAAUCCAAAGGGAAAACACUUUAUAAGGCUGAAAGCUGUGUAGUUGCAACAGCCAGGGUUAUGAGCUAUCAAAGGCAAUUACAUUAAAAUAGAUUAUACUGCGUAAAUUGAGCCAUUUAGAAGGUGAGAACCAAAGAAACAGCUCUGAUCCCCCUUCUUUCUAAAUUGCAGUUUUAGUUCCUUGCAAUUCUGAGGCACAAAAGUAGGUGAGACUGCUUUUGUAUCUGCAAAGUGCUUUAUUUCUGAGUGUAAUUCUAACUGAGUGCAAUCUAGGUUAAAAGCUGGACAACUGGGUAAUUAGAGCUCACUUGCUGCUAAAGGACGAUCAGCUGUACCGUAGCUCAUUUGUGUUCCCAGAGACUUGUUCUCCUCUCCCCUGAGCGGAGGCUGCUGGAGAAGGAGCAUCUGUCCUCGGACUUUUCUUGGUUGCGGAGAUGAUGGUGCUGGACAAGGAGGACGGUGUGCCGAUGUUAUCCGUACAACCCAAAGGGAAGCAGAAGGGCUGUGCUGGCUGCAACCGAAAGAUCAAGGACCGGUACCUGCUGAAGGCUCUGGAUAAGUAUUGGCAUGAAGACUGUUUAAAGUGUGCCUGCUGUGACUGUCGUCUUGGAGAGGUUGGAUCAACUCUUUACACAAAAGCAAAUCUCAUUCUUUGCCGCAGAGAUUACCUGAGGCUCUUUGGUACCACCGGGAAUUGUGCUGCCUGCAGUAAACUGAUCCCUGCCUUUGAGAUGGUGAUGAGGGCCAGAGAUAAUGUUUACCAUUUGGACUGCUUUGCCUGUCAGCUCUGCAACCAGCGAUUCUGUGUGGGAGACAAAUUUUUCCUGAAGAACAACAUGAUCUUGUGUCAGAUGGACUAUGAGGAAGGGCAGCUGAAUGGGAGCUUCGAGUCCCAGGGGGUUGUGCUGGAACAGCUGCAGGUUGUUUGCAGCAAGAUGAUCAGGACUACAUCUGCAGGUGGUGGGGGAGCUACAUUGGGAUGUGAAGCUGGGAGAAUAUGACUGGAACAGGUAUG